AUGUCCCGCCGAGCCCGUUCAAUGAGCCGCCUCCGUGGCGUAACGCCCGGACGUGAAGGAACUUCAUCAAUUUAUGAAUUUGGAUCAAGUACUGGUGGAGGCGGCUAUUCAACCCGUUUGAAUAUUCAUACACCCGAUAUCUACGGAGCAUUAAAUCGCACUCUUCGAGCUACUUCGGUAGCUCGAUUUAAAGAUGUCGAUGAUGAAUUAACCGGUGGGGGUUACAGCCGAGCACAAUCGGUAGGUCGCUUUGAUCAUUUAAGAGCACGACGUCCGUAUUCCGCCUAUGGUACACAUGAUUUCGAUUAUUUCGAUCGUUACACAGAGCGUAUUCGAGAUAAAACUCCAAUCGCUCUCGAUAGUCAUUACACACAUUACAGGCCUUAUUAUUGGUAUCAUACAGCUCCACGCACAUUUUAUUAUAAUUUUCCACACGAUGAUUGGCGCUAUCGACCACUUCAUAGUUACCGUUCGCCUGCACUUUAUUCAGCCGCUGGUACUAAUUCAUCGUAUAAUGAUCGUUUUAAUAGUUCAAUUGAUCGUGUCUCGUCUUUGAAACGUGCUAUGCGUGAUAUCGAUUAUACACGUGAAUUACGACAAAUGCGUUACCGUACGCCAUCAACAUUUUCAGCGAUUACAAGCGGUGAUUAUAUUGGCCAAGCACGAGAUGAUGUUCGACGUGCAAUUGAUUCACGCGUUGGCGGUAGUGGUGUCACACGUCUUGACAAUCCUAAAGAUUACUUCGGACGUACAUAUGUUCAAUUCGAAAAGAGAGGUGUCAAUAAUGUUGGUGUUCAGUAUAAUGGUUUAACAAGAACUGUGGAACAUAAACCAAGUUAUUGGAAAGCGGAAGAUAAUGUCGAAAGAGCAUAUGAGUUAAAAGCACAAAAUGAUGAGACGUUAGAUAAAAUCUAUGAGAAUCAAGACAGAAUAGAUGCAAGCCGAGAAUGGCUCUUAGAAGAUAAAGCUGGUGUUGCUCCACGAUGGUUCCAUUUCGAUGUGGAUUCUCGUCGAGCUCGCCGUGAAGUUGACAACUCUUUACGUACACUUCGUAAUCUUCAACAAUUUAAACAUGAAACAUUCAAUCGCUUAUCACAGCCUUGGUCAUUCGGUAGAUAUCUACAUUAA